GGAAGUACCCUAGAAGUAGACUUGGUGGUAGGGUCGACAGAGGCCAGUGUGCUGCCUGGGCAGACGUGGCAGAGGCAGAGGACCUGGGUUGGGGUUGGAGGUGGUUGGCACAGUCCUCAGCAUCCUCAAGGCCAGUUCCUGUUUACCCUCAUCCUCUCCAGACAGAGAGGGGUCCCCUCCCUGUCUUGCUGCCCUCUGCUGGUGUCAAGAGCUCACUGGCCUAUUGGGAUCCUCUUGCAGCCCUGUAUCCUGUGCUGUCCUGGCUCUCAGGCUCAUGAGCAUGGGCGCCUCCAGCGCACCUGCGAGGACCGUGCUGUUCCGGCGUGAGCGGACUGGCCUGACCUACCGCGUGCCGGCGCUGCUGCCCGUACCGCCUGGGCCCACGCUGCUGGCCUUCGCGGAGCAGCGGCGCAGCCCUGACGACGCCCACGCGCACCGCCUGGUGCUGCGGCGCGGAGCAGUGGCCGCAGGCGCGGUGCAGUGGGGCGCCCUCCGUGUGCUGGCGACGGCCGCUCUGGAGGAGCACCGUUCCAUGAACCCCUGCCCAGUGCUCGACGCGGGCUCGGGGACGGUCUUCCUCUUCUUCAUCGCUGUGCUAGGCGAGACGCCGGAGGCCGUGCAGAUCGCCACCGGCAGGAACGCGGCUCGCCUCUGCUGCGUGACUAGCCGCGACGCGGGCCUCACCUGGGAAGGCACUCGGGACCUCACGGAGGAGACAGUGGGCACCCUCAUUCAUGACUGGGCCACUUUCGCUGUGGGCCCAGGCCAUGGGGUCCAGCUGCACUCAGGUCGCCUGCUGGUGCCUGCCUACACUUACCGCGUGGACCGCCGGGAGUGCUUUGGCAAGGUCUGCUGGACUAGUCCCCAUUCCUUCACCAUCUACAGUGAUGACCAGGGCCGCACCUGGCACUGUGGGGGCCUGGUGCCUAACUUGCGCUCAGGCGAGUGCCAGCUGGCUGCAGUGGAUGGGGGCUUCCUCUACUGCAAUGCCCGAAGUCCUCUAGGCAGCCGUGUGCAGGCACUCAGCCCUGAUGAGGGUACCUCCUUCUUGCCUGCGGAGCUUGUGCCUACCCUGUCGGAGACUGCCCGGGGCUGCCAGGGCAGCAUCAUAGGCUUCCCAGCCCCAGUCCCCAGCAGGGAAGAGGGCCCAAACCCUCCCUACCUCUGUCCUGGAGUCCAGGAGUCCCUCAGUGGGCCCUUCUGCCACCUACAGCACUGGAGGGAUAGCCAGGAGCAGCCUGGCCCAGAGCCUGGGCUUGGUGGAGAUGAGGGAACUUAUGCCCCACUGCUCUCCUUGCCCUCCAUGGCCUCACUGCAGAAGUCCACGUGGCUUCUGUAUUCGCACCCAGCAGGGCACAGAGCGCGAAUCCGCAUGGGCAUCUACUUGAGCCGGUCUCCCCUAGACCCCCAGAGCUGGACUGAGCCCUGGGUGAUCUAUGAAGGCCCCAGUGGGUACUCAGACCUGGCGACCCUUGGGUCUGUGCCUGGCCCAACCCUAGCCUUUGCCUGUCUAUUUGAGAGUGGGUCCAGGGUCUCCUAUGAAGAUAUUUCCUUCUGCAUGUUCUCCCUGGGAGAGGUCCUGGAGAAUGUGUCAGGGGACCCUGAGUUGCUCCAUCACAGGAGCAAGCCUUGGAAGCACUGCCGGCCCUCCUGAUGGGCCCAGCUGCAGGCACCCAAAGACAGAGAGAUUCAAUAGAUGGAGGUGAUGACUACAAGACCACAUGACCCCAGAUGGAAAGAGACCUGCAUCAGCUUUUCCAUAGGUUGCAGAGAUAAUCUUGGUGGGCACCUGCUGCUCUAAGAGUCUCAGGACCAUCAUGCUCCAGGAUGGGUAGCUCCUUGGAAGGGGAAGGUUUGGACCUUGUGGGAGGUGCUGGCCAAGUGACCACCACAAUUUGGGGGGCGGGGGCAGUGGGGCCCCAUGAGCACAGGGUACUGCUCCAUUGUAUUCAGCUGGUUUUCUCUUAACAUUUGAUCUCUGGCUACUUUCUGGCAUAUGAAUGACAAAUAAAGGAAUCGUGCCUGUA